UCACCAUGUUCCAGCUGUGCCUGCUGCUAGCCUUGGCCCUGGUGGCCGCCCCCGGCGCCCGGGCCGCCUGCCCGGUGCCCGCCGACCUCAAGAACCCGGACGGCACUCGCACGUGCGCCAAGCUCUACGACAAGAGCGACCCCUACUACGAGAACUGCUGCGGCGGCGCCGUGCUGGCGCUGGAGCCGGGCGCAGACCUGCCCUUCCUGCCCUCCGACUGGGCCAACACCGCCUCCUCGCUCGUGGUGGCGCAGCGCUGCGAGCUCACCGUGUGGUCCCGGCGCGGCAAGGCUGGCAAGACACACAAGUUCUCCUCGGGCACCUACCCGCGCCUGGAAGAGUACCGCCGAGGCAUCUUCGGCGACUGGUCCAACUCCAUCGCCGCGCUGUACUGCAGGUACCGUCGCGCGCCCCUGUCCGCUGAUCCGCCUCCAAAGCCCCCAACCCCGCCCCCGCCACCAGUCCCCACGCCCAGCGUUCACGCCCCGGUGCUUGUCAGACCCUGGAGCUCCUGA